AUGCAAGAAACCCAAGAUCAGUUGGAGCAGAUGAAGACGAUGAUCUCAAAGCCAGCAGGUAGGAAAGACUAUAGCUUAAUGCAGGAGGAGUCGGUGCCUUCAACCCCCUCGGGAUCUACAGUUGGUAGUUUGAUCACCGCAGUGGGGCAAAACGAGCACAACAAGGUUAGGAAUGACGAGGAAGCAACAUCGAGUGCGUCCCCUGAUGGAACGCCGUCUACAGUUGAUGAAGGCGACGUUGAGGAAUCAAAUUCUGACAUAUCUGGGGUCAACGAACAAAAUUUCGAAAACGAGCUAGAGACUUCAUUGGCGGAAGGGAAAAGUUGGCACUCCGCUCAAGACCUGAACAAAAGCCAUACGGAAGAGCCUAUAGAUGAUCCGAAUGAGGACAAGAUGUCUGAGAUCAACCUUGAACCUUCAAAUAAAGGCAUAGAGAAAAAUGCCACAGUUACUGAAAAAUCAGCAACUAUUCUGGCUAAAGAGCUGUCUGCUACCACUGAUGUGAAGAAAAAAUGUCUACGGGCUGCAAAACCAAACGAACUGCCCGCAGAAGAGUACUGCAAUGAAGAUCUCAAAGGGGCUAUAAGCGGAUUGGAACGUAGAACAAGUAAACCUGAUCUUGAAACAAACGAAAUUCAGGAUGCCAAAAGUCUUGAGUCUGGGAUUGGAAGCUCAGGCAACGUUAAUGAAGUCCCAAAGCAGAAUGCCAAGCAUCCGAUGGAUAGCUGCCAGAAUCUAGAGCAAUCCGCUGGUACUACAAGCGCUGAAAAAGAAGCGAUACGUGCGCUUGAGUCUCAGAGUAGCGGAACAUCUCAAGCCUCGCUCGCGAAACAUAAAAGUGAGACCAAUACAUCAAUACAGAGCUCAACCCAAGAAACAGCACAGGCUCCGACAGUAUACGAAGAGCUUGGAAGCGAGGCCGAACGUUCAAAAUCUCAUGCACAAGCCUAUAAAAACCAAACUGAUGAGAAAGAGAUGUCAGGAGAAAUAAUUAAAGAAAAUCCGGAAAAUGCCAUAGAUGAUGCUAGCAGUCCCUCGAAGGAGUAUGACACCCCAAGUUUCGCGGGAAAGCCAGAAGAGGGAAGCGAAAAUUUGAAAGCACCUGCGAAGGAUGGAGAACCAGUCGAUAGUGAGAAAAAAAAAAAGAAUGGAGGUACGCCAAUUGAGGGGCGUCCAUUACAGAGUUUAGAGGGUGAUGCUCCCCAAGUACCACAGAGGCCAAACAAAAGACCUCCCCCGAAGAAGCCUUCGUCCAAAAUUGCCGCAUUUCAAGCAAUGUUAAAACAGCAGCAGUUAAUGGACGCGUCAAAGACCAAAGACAAACAGAUAGAUUCCGGAAACUCCCUCUUGAGUGGAAAACGGGCUAACAUCACGAACAAUUUGAAUGGUAUUUUUGGGCUUCCCGGAAUGGCGCCAGGUAUGACACCAGGUAUGGUGCCUCCCCAGCGUCCGCCUGCCCGCCAGCAAACAGGCAGUGACGGGGGCUCUCAGAGCUCAGAAAAUCAAACAAGCAGUCAGAGCGCUGCACCUUCAGGCCCGCAAAGGAGGGCUCGUGGCCCUAAGGGGAGGAAAUUGCCCGCUCACAUAGCAAAUGUUGAAAAAGUUGAAACUUCAAUUAAGACCAAUGAAAUCCAGGUCCUGAAAACUUGGUCUCUAAAAUUCCAGAAAAUUUCCCCAACUUGCUCAGAAAAAGAUUCUGAACCUUUGAAAGACAUUCCUGAAAGUGGGGUUGUCAGUCCCUCUAAUCCAAAAAGCAUGAGCGAAUUAAAUGGUGUGCCAGUUGAAUCAGACGUCAUUUGUGAAAGAGAGACAGAUAUUCUACAGAAUUCAAAAAACGAGAUGAACGACCUUGAAGAUACGAACGAGGACAACGUCAAAGAACCACGCCAGUUCUCAAUACCAACGCACUUCGAUCUUGGUGAGAGCGACGCUAAUCAAGAGGAGAGCUCGUGA